AUGUCAAAGCCACAAAAUAAUUCUCAAAGACGUAAAUCUUUUGGGCAAUGGGACAAAACCAAUGUGGUGAAUGUCAAUCAAAAAUACUAUGUUAAUAAAAUUGAUAAAUACACGGAUGCUCAAAAGGAAACCUUUACUCGCUGGGUCAACAUUCAAUUACGCUCAAUUCACAGAUAUGAUUUUCUAAACUCUGAUAACAAUUCAUCAAAUGAAAGUUUAGUAGACAAACUUCCUGAAAUUAAAGAAAUUGAAAAAGAUUUCAGAGAUGGUACUAGAUUGAUUAAAUUGUUGGAAGUUAUUUAUGAAGGUGAUUCAGAAUUACCAAAACGUGAACGUGGUAAUACAAGACAUCAUCAUAUUGCAAAUGUUAGCAAUAUUUUAAAUUUUUUGAAAAAUCGUUUAGAUGAGUCGGGUCUGGCUGCUUUACAAGCAAUUGGACCUGUUGAUAUUGUUGAUGGUAAUGUAAAAUUGACAUUGGGUUUAAUUUGGCUGAUUAUUUCAAAAUUUCAUCAAAUGGUCAGUGUAUUUAAAGACGCGGUAACCGAAGAAGAGUUGGCAAUUGCUAAAGCUCAAUCUAGACUUUUAAAUGGUGGGCUUGGUGAUGUGAAAGAAAUAAAUGCAAUAAUGGAAGAUGAAGAUCAUGAAAAAUUGGAACAAAUUGAAAAAAAUUCAGAAGAAAAAGAAGAAAAAUCAAAUGACAACAAUAUUGAUAAUCAUCUUGGGGAAAAUCCAGUUAAUGUUGAUGAUAAUAGUUCAAUUAAUCAUUCAAAAAUAUUUCUAAAUCCAAGACAAAAUGUUAACAUCAUGAACAACUAUAAUAGAAAAAUGUCAUUACCAGAAAUAGCCAAUAAAGAUUUUCGACUUCCACCUAAAAGAUUUCGUACAUUACGUCUAAAUGAUUCUUCUGCAUCAUUAAGUUCUUCAUCCGGUCUAUUGUUUUGGUUAAACAUGCAACUUGUUGACUAUGCAUCUGUAUUACCUUCAAGUUCUUAUCCAAUUGAAGAUCUAACAGGUUUAAAUAAUGGUGUAUUAUUAUCUGCACUGAUUCACCAUAAAAAUCCGGAAUGGUUUGAAGAUUUUGAUCUAUUGGUUAAAGAUCCACCCAAUAAAGAUGAAUCUGCAAUAAAAGAAAGGCUACAAAAAUGUUUUAACAUAACAGAAGAAAAACUGGGCGUGGAACCACCAAAAGCUUUGAUCUCCAUAUUAAUUGAAAACAAUCAUCAAUUGAAUAAAGAACAGAUUAAUGCUAAAGCUGGUGUUGCGUGGAAUGCAUAUAUUUCAGAGGUUGAUGACAAUAUUAAUAAUAAUAUUUCUAUAUCUCCAACAGCAGUAGAAGCAACAACUUCGACUCAACCUAUUUUAUUUAAUGAACCACCAUUAGAAGAAAGAGACUCUCUAUAUUCAACUAAGAAAGGUUUAUCAAUGGCAUCUUCGCCAUUAUCACCAUUACCACCAUGGUCGCCUAAAAAAUUAUUGGUGAAUGCCGUAUGGGAUUGGGCUACGAAUUGGAUGACUGCUACUAGCAGUAAUUGUGAUUAUGAAGAAGAUAAUAAUAGAAAUUUAAUUGAUAAAAAUUUGAUUGGCAUUUGGAAUAUACAAAAUCAAGCAAACAUUAACUUCAAACCUACAACAACCGCCCUUGGAAAAAUAUCUAAAUUAAAAAUACAUGUUUUAUUGGAUUCUACCGUUUAUACUGCUGGUACAAACUUAUCCGGUAGACUGGUUGUAUCAAGUUUGUCUUCACGUUCAUUGAAAUUAGGUGAAAUUUCAGUUGAAUUGACAGCCUAUGAAGAAUUAACAACAAGAGAGUACACCGCUUCUCAAUCUUUCUUAUCAUCAAGAUUGGUUUUUCAAAGUUCCACUUUACCUCCCUCAAAUGCUGUAUAUGGUCCAAAAGAAGAUGGGUUUUGGACUGCUAAAAAAGGAAAAACGACCUUUCCUUUUGCCUUCAAAAUUCCAAUUGAUGCUCCAAGUUGUGUUACAUACGGAAAUAAUGCGUGUUUAAAAUAUAUAGUUACUGGUGUUGUUCAAUAUAAAGUCAAUAAUAAAGAAGAUUCAACUUUCAAGUCCAAAGAAGCAUUCGUCGUGGAAGCUUGGGAUAUUAAUAAUCCUAUAUAUAAACAACCUGUAGAAGGUAUGAAUAUGAGACAGUUAUGGUUGGGUGGAUCAGGUGCCAUUAUGUUGGAAGCAAGAUUGGUUGAAACGUUUUUUCAAAGUGGUGCCAAUAUCAGUGUACAAAUCAGAGUAAAAAACGAAACUAAAAGAAGAGUUCAGGGAAUUAAGGUUGCCAUCACUCAUAAACUUCAUAUACUUGCCAAUAAAACAAAAAAAGAACUUGACGAUGUUAAGGUUGUUGGCGAGACAGUCAAAGAAGAAUGGUACAAAAAUAAAGAUUUUUUAUUUGAUUGUGGUGAAGAUCGUAUUACCACUGUUCAUAUUGAUGUUCCGAAAAACGUAAGAACAAUAAGAAAUACUGCAUUGUUUGAAGUUGAUCUCAUUGUUUAUCUACCUGUAUUUAUUGCACAUUCUUCAUCAUCGCAACCACCACCAAUCGCUAAUAUCGAUAAGAAUGUUUUUCCAAAUCAUUAUAAUAUGAUUGAUGAAAAUGCUGAUUUUUUUGUCGAAGAUUUUAGAAAAGAUGACGACGAAGUUCUUGGUCAGGUAUCAUCACCUGUAAAUAUACCCUCUAAAAAAGGCAGCAGCGGAAUACUUCCAUGGUCAAAUGUUGAAAAUGAUGGUGUUGGGAAAAAUUCACCAAAAGCAUCAUCUCCUGGCUCUGUAUUUAUAUCUGCAAGCCCGAAAAAACUUGGUUCAUUCGCUUCAUCAAUAUUAAAUAUUGCUAAUAAACCUAAACAAAUGUCUCCUACAAGUCCUUCAAAAUUAAUUCACAAAUCCCCUCCAUUAGCUCCUGCUUCUCCUUAUGCAUAUAUACCAGCUUUUGAUCGUGUAAGAUAUUUAUCUUUCACUACUCAGGAACAAGGUCAAUUACAAAAUAGACCUUAUGAUAUUACACAACUAAAUCGAAAUCCUUCAUCGUCGAAAUUCGGAGGUUUUGGGAUUUUUAAUGAUCAAAUGUCUCCUCCUACUUCCGAAUAUGAAUUUAUUCCAUCACCGCCUGACCCUUCUUCUAAUAUUGAAAAAUGGCUCGAAAAUCAAAAUAAUGAUAGCUCACCUGAAUUUUCCAUAAUGAGGCUUCAAAAAUGA